AUUUCCUUCCGGUGUGCAUUUCUUCGCCCAUUAUUGCACGCCUUGAGCCUCUCUGUGAAAUUUCCUGCAACAGCUGUGGCAUUGUACAAACCCUCGUCGUCUCCAUUACCUUUGCUUGCCAACGUCUCGAGGAACCGCCGAUUGGGAAGGCUGGGAAAAGAGGAAGUGAAUGUACGAGGAGCGAUUCUGAAAGAGGACAAGAUAUGUCCCAAGGCCUGUUUCUGGGAUAGAAAUGGAAAGAGCCACAAGCGAACCUUCUUGCGCCCCUACCGUCACGAUGACAGCCACUACGGCAAUGACUUCCAACGCCGCUACCAUGCCCGGUCCGGAAGAUGGUGUUCCUACGCCUGAAACAGAAUUCCUAGCGAUAGAAGAAGCUUGCGAGGUCCCAACCACGAAGCUUUGUACUCAUUGCCUCGAAUACAACUUCAGCCGAGAGACCCUUGAUCCUGAAUACCGACCUGGAGGAUUGGAUGUAAACCCAGUGUUCACCACCUUUGACAAGCUUGUCAAGUCUUCAACAACUUGUCCCUUGUGCAAGCUUAUCUUGGAAGGGCUCGAGUGCCAUUUUUCUGAGCGCAAUCAGAAUUCAUUGAAGCAUCGGGUGGGCAAUGACAGUAAGGUCUUUGUCUCCGUGUGGCUAGAAGAUGAAACGACCAUAAGCUUUUUCAUCAUACCUCCUGAGGUAAAGUACCCUCGGCACCCAAUCCCGAGGCUUACGGAGUCAAAUCUGCAUGUGUAUCAGGACUCCGGUAACUUGACGCGCUUGGCACCCUCUCCACCGCUCACACCGUGGAGUGAACCAUGUGUGAAACGGCUGAAACAAUGGCUCAGCAUGUGUCUUCAGCGCCACGGACCGCAAUGUUGUACAAUGCGCUCCGGCGAGGAAAUAGACGAGUCGUUACCGCCAAUCCUUCCCUCUCGAGUUAUCGACGUAGGCUCGCUGAGUGGCUCAGUGGGCGCUCGUCUGGUGGAAUCAGAUGGCAAACGAGGGUAUUACACCGCCCUCAGCUACUGCUGGGGAAGUUCUCUAAAGGCUGACCGACCGUAUUUGACCACGACGAAGACACUUGAGAAGCAUCUCUCGGCGCUUCCAUGGGAUUCGCUUCCGAAGACCCUUCAAGAUGCUAUCCUCUUAACCCGGGCAACUGGAGUGCAGUAUCUCUGGAUAGAUUCGCUGUGUAUUAUCCAGGAUUCCAACGCCGACUGGAAGAAGGAAGCAGCCAGCAUGGGUACCGUGUAUGCACAUGCGCGGCUUGUCAUUGCCGCAACAACAGGCGCAGAUGCUGAGGCUGGUCUGUUCCCUUCCCAGACAUGCAUUCAUCGUCCAGGCGAGACGUCCUCGGCUCUGUAUUUCAGCAAGUUGCCGAAAGAAAGCGGGUCUCCUCAACACAAUCUUCCUCUAUUCACUAGAGGGUGGGCAUUCCAGGAAUGGGUGCUUGCAAGAAGAAUUGUCUUUUGGACGCAAGAUCGAAUGUGCUGGCACUGUGCGGAGGGAUGUGCUGGGGAUGAUAGCAAGAAUGUGUGGACUUCCUCGGGCUUAUUCGGACGAUAUAACACUUGGAAGGAAAUUGUGACACGCUACUCCGGCAGAGAGUUCACAUACCCGACGGAUAAGCUCAUGGCUAUAAGUGGCAUCGCCAACGAAAUACAUAAGAAGAGGCCGGAAGACAAAGGAUGCUUCUCUUCAGAUCGUGGCAAGAACCAAGACGGUGGAUUUUGGCGACCCUGA